UUCCGACCUCUAAAACGUGAUCACUAAAUCGUCACUAAUGACGUGGCUGCCAACGUGGAAAGCUGAGAUAAACUCGCCCGUUUCUCCCUCUUUCUUAUUCAUUUCAAAUUUCAAAUUCAUUUGCACAAAACAUUUGAAGACUCUAUCUCUCUCUAUUCUUCAUUCUCUUCUCUUUUCUGCUGUGCCUCUUUGUCGACGAGCUCCCGACGAAUGCAGCUUCUACAACCCCGAUGAGCGCAGCUUCUCACGAGAACGACAAGCGCAGCUUCUGAAGACGACCGACGACGACCGAGUCUCUCUCCGUCUUCACAGAUCUGUCUGCACAGAUGUCAACUUCAAGUGUUAACGCCAGUACAUCAGAUCAAUUGACAUUUUGCAACAGAAAUUGUCCUCAAUGUC